GUGAUGGUAUGUCUUUACAUAUUAUGCAAGAUGCAGUCUUAUCGCUAAUGUCUACAUGCAGUGCGGGCCGUAAAAAAUCCAGAACGAAGACCGCGAUCGAGCCUGAGCCAGCAGGCGACCGCCGAACACCCAUGACGCCUCGCUUCAUAUGCAAAUGCUUUCAUGUACAAGCAGAAACAAGCACCUCUGGUGUGCCUCAAACAAUUACAACCCUGUCGCGCCCUACUGCUUGAGUACGCUCUGUCUCGAUGCUCCCAUCCCCAUCGCCCACCGCACGCCCCGCCACAUGCCUAAGGGCCGCGGCACGUUCAAACUAUUCGCCGCCGACGCCUGUUGGCUUGACUGCGUCGUUGUCGUUGUCUUUGCGGCUGCGGCUGGCACGGUCGAGGUCUGCAUCUGCGCUGUUACAGGCACAAGUGUCGACACAGGGUGCACAGAAGUCUGAGCCAAAAGCGUACUCUGCGGUUGAACAGCACCCUGGGCCCGGACAGAGCCCUGGGCGGAAACGGUGCUCUGGGAGGGCGAGGCGCUCGAUGCCGGGGUGGAACUCUGGGCGGCACUCUGGGCUGGGGCAGAGGUCUCCGCCGGCGGCACGGCCAGCCUGGAAGCGGGCUGCAAUUCUUCAGCUUGGGGUUGACCCUUGGCGGCUACGUCUGUACCGGAGAUCUGUACGUUGGUCAAUUCACAGUUCUCAGAGGAGAUGUGUCAUCGCAGUCAUGCGAGCUAGAAGGGUGACGAAGAGGAGAAAGGGAGAUAAAGAAGAAAACAAAAAAGCAAGACGUCUAAGUACAGCAACAAUCAUUAUGCAAUAGCACAAAACAUUAGGUCGUUAAUCGUAACAGGCCA